AUGAAUGACUAUUUCGGAUAUUCCUUCUCGAAGAAUUAUUGUCACGGCCAAAGUGACGAGACGUGUCUGAAUUUGCUCCCGUCAGACGCGUUGUGUUCCUACGUGCUCAGUGUGUGCAAACUGGUCACCGGUCGUUUUGUGGAUGCGGUGAAAGCCGCAGCACCGGUGCUUAGCCGAUGGGUGGAACCCAAAGUUUCCAGUUCUGCAGAGUUUAUUCAUCUCAAUUAUCUUAAAGAGUGGGCACGUUAUUUGCAUUCUCACUUCACACAACCGAUGAUUGAGUUUCACUGGCUAAGUGAUCUCUCCAAUCAGUUCAAACAGUACUGGGUUCAGUCCGUCCCGUUGGAGUCCGUGGUACGUCAAACAGUCUCAUUCUCCUUGUCUGCUUGUCCACGGAUCCGUUUUGUGGAAUUCCUCCUGAAUGUUGUCCGCCUUUUGUAA